GGCCGCCCUCACGGCAGGGUGUUCUGAAGGGGAAGGAGGGUUAACAGAGUUUAGCUGGUCGGCAUGCAGCUGGCUCGGCUGGCAGAGUGAAUUUUAGUUUAUUUUGCAAGGAAGAGCGAAUGUCGGUGGCGGACAGCGGUGAGUGAGCUGCUUUCUCGGCGUGGGGAAAUGAGUAACAGGAUGGAGGGUUCAGCGGGACCAGGUGUCAGGGAGAAUGGACCGGUGGCGGCGCCCAGCAGCCCGGUGAGCUCCACAAUGCCCGCGCCUCUCUCUCCGGAAGAGCUGGAAGAAGAGCAGCAGUCGUCACUGACAGAGGUCACCCAAAUGUGGAUUAAGUUUGCCAAGACCUUCGCCAUCAUCUUCCCGAUCUACAUCUUGGGAUACUUUGAGUUCAGCUUCAGCUGGGUUCUGAUCGGACUCGCCCUGUUGUUCUAUUGGAGGAAGAACCAUGGCAGUAAGGACUACAGGAUAAACCGUGCCUUAGCCUUCCUGGAGCAUGAGGAGAAAGCAGUGAGGCAAAGUGUGCCUACCACUGAGCUGCCACCGUGGGUCCAUUAUCCAGAUGUGGAGAGAGUGGAGUGGCUGAAUAAGACGGUGAAGCAGAUGUGGCCGUUCAUCUGCCAGUUCGUGGACAAGCUGUUCAGGGAGACCAUCGAGCCGGCGGUGAAGGGCGCCAACCCUCACCUCAGCUCCUUCUGCUUCACCAAGAUCGACAUGGGCGACAAGCCGCUGAGAGUGAACGGGGUCAAAGUUUACACAGAGAACGUGGACAAGAGGCAGAUCAUCAUGGACCUGCAAAUCAGUUUUGUGGGGAAUACAGAGAUUGACGUGGACAUCAAGAAAUACUAUUGCAGAGCUGGAAUCAAAAGUAUACAGCUUCAUGGAGUGAUGAGAGUGGUGAUGGAGCCGCUGCUGGGUGACAUGCCUCUGAUCGGUGCCCUGUCUGUCUUUUUCCUCAAGAGACCAUUGCUGGACAUCAAUUGGACAGGACUCACAAACAUGCUGGACAUUCCCGGUGUCAAUGGUUUAUGUGACAACAUCAUCCAGGACAUCAUCUACAGCCAACUGGUCCUGCCCAACGCAAUCAAAAUCCCUCUGGUGGGAGAGGCCCAGCUGGCCCAGCUACGCUUCCCCGUGCCCAAGGGUGUCCUGAGAAUCCACUUCCUCGAAGCCCAGGACUUGCUGGGUAAAGACAAGUUCCUGGGAGGGCUGAUCAAAGGCAAGUCAGACCCGUAUGGAGUCAUCCAGGUCGGGACGCAGCUCUUCCAGAGCAAAGUCAUCCACGAGACUGUCAACCCAAAGUGGAACGAAGUGUACGAGGCCUUGGUGUACGAUCACUCAGGACCGAAUCUGGGGAUUGAGCUGUUUGAUGAAGACCCUGAUAAAGACGACUUUCUGGGAAGUCUGAUGAUGGACCUGUCCGAGCUGCAGAAGGAACAGAGGGUCGAUGAGUGGUUUGUGUUGGACGAUGUGGCCACAGGGAAGGUGCACCUCAAACUGGAGUGGUUGUCUCUGCUGCCCACGCCUGAGAAGCUGGACCAGGCACUGACGAGCAUCAGAGCCGAACGCGGUCAAGCCAACGACGGCCUGUCGUCUGCGCUGCUCAUCAUCUUCCUGGAUUCGGCCAGAAACCUGCCGAGCGUCUUCGAGGGGAACUUGGGCUCGGGCUAUUUAAAGGAGAGGCGGGCGGCGGGCCUCGUGUUUUGCGAGAACACGGCCUCUCUCUAUAGGACCUUAUUUUCCGGUAAAAAAGUGACCAGUGAUCCCAGUCCGUUUGUCCAGUUCAGAGUGGGACACAAAUCCUUUGAGAGCAAGACCAGAUAUAAGACCAAUGAACCACUGUGGGAGGAGAACUUCAGCUUCCUCAUCCACAACCCCAAAAGCCAAGAGUUGGAGGUCGAGGUGAAGGAUGAGAAACACGAUUGUUCGCUGGGGACACUCACGGUGCCUCUGAGUCGCCUGCUGGAGGCAAAGGACAUGACGCUGAACCAGCGCUUCCCCCUCACGAACUCCGGACCGAGCUGCACCCUCAAGAUGAAGAUGGCUCUGCGGGUGUUGUGCCUGGAUAAGGACACUUCUUCAUCCUCAAACUCCACCCCGUCCUUGGUGCAGGUCCGCAAGACCGACUCCUCCAGACCGACCCCGCGGCCCUCUGUUUCCUCAGAGUCCCCGAAGCCUCCUUCCUCCACCUCCGACAUCCCUCGCUCUGCCUCUGUGUCGGCCCAGGACCUGCUGAACCGGCGGAGGGAGACAGAGGAACCCGUUAGGUCUCCUGGAAGCACAGACCUGGGGCAGGGUGGAGGAGGAGGAGGAGCAGCAGGAGGGGGUCAGACCCUGGCGGAGACCGGGAGGAGCACCUCUAACCUGGCCAUCUCUGGCUCCCAGCAGUACCUGGCCGGAGGCAAGGAGCCGACGCCCAGCAUCGCAUCAGACAUCUCCAACCCCUACGCUACUCAGGAGCUGCAGCUGAGGCUCCAGCAGCUGCAAAAUGGUUCAGGCCCCAGUCAUUUCCCGCUGGGUGAGAUCCAGCUGACGGUCAGACACAGCUCGCAGAGGAACAAACUCAUCGUGGUCGUUCACAGCUGCAGAAACCUGAUAGCGUUCACUGAUCAUGGGUCAGAUCCGUAUGUCCGCCUCUACCUGCUGCCUGACAAACGGAGGUCGGGCAGGAGGAAAACUCACACUUACAAGAAAAUGCUCAACCCCGUUUAUGAUCAGACGUUUGAGUUCAGUGUCUCCCUCGUGGAGCUCCACAGACGGACUCUGGAUGUCGCCGUGAAGAACGGUGGAGGUCUGCUCUCCAAACACAAAGGCCUUCUGGGAAAGGUUCUGGUGGAUUUGACUCAUGAGGACAUCACCAAGGGUUGGACACAAUGGUAUGAGCUGAGUGAAGACGGCCUGACGAAGCAUCACCAGCUAUAGAUGGCAACAGGAAGUCUUCAUCACUAUCAUUAGUGUCAUCAUCAUAUCGCCACACUUCCACAUUAUACACUUCCACUUAACUCUACAGUGCGUUUUCUUUUCAUCACUUGUAACUUUUAAAAAAAAAGGAAACAGAAAAGCAGCUUUAGAUCUUCAUUUAACCACAUCAGUCGCAAGGCAAACCUCCCCUUUAAGCAGUGAGUGAGAGCGAUUGAAUAAAGGGAGUAUAUACAACACGUAGAAAACAAUAUAUAUAUACUGCUAUGGAAGUCUAUAUUCCAUAUUUAUAGAAGAAAAUAUAACAGUUUAUUUUCUUCUUUAGUUUCCUGCCUCGAGUUUCUGUAAAGAAUGAUGUUGUACAAGUUUGUAAAUAAUGUACAAUGAUGCUGGACGGAGCAGACGGUGCGUUCUAGAGAUAAGAGAGAUGUGUGUGGUCUCCGACUUGGCCAAAUGAUUGUUUGUAAUUGUUUCUUAUUUGAUUUUUUUUUUAAAUGAAAAAUGUUCGGGACAGAGUUUCUGAAGAAGAGCAGGUGGGAAAGAUGUCGCCAAAGAGAUGAGACGUAUUUUAUUUUUUUACCCUCGUGGGUUUUUGGUAACACAGCCGCACGCUGGCUUUAUUCCACUUUAAUGAUGUGUGUGUUAACCACGUGAGAAGAACUGUGAGUGCACGAAUAUUGUGUUAAAUAUGAUGCGAGUAGCUUGAUAACAGUCUUUUCCAUGUGUUAAUAUACCUGCCGUUACACUGAAAUAAGGCCAUUGUAGACGGUUACCUGAUUGUUUUCUAAACUGAGUAUUUGCA